UCACUUCCUGUCAUCUGUUGUUUUUACUUCCGUAAGGUGGGGGUUUUUUGUUACGGGAGCGGUUUGUAUUCAGAGAACCAAUGCAUCGGUCUGCGCUGGGAAAGCAGUCGGUUAGAUAGCAUCAUCAACCAGGGGCAGCAACCUGAACUCUGCAUCGGUCGCCGUUGUGUGCGAGUGUGUGCAUGUGUGUGUGGCUGUGUGUGCAAGUGGGCACAUGUGUUUGAGUAAGUAAGAAGGACUCGAGGAAAAAUCCAGUGAUGGCUGCCAAUAAGGGUAAAAACCAGAGUUCUCUGACGCUGCACAAGGUGAUAAUGGUGGGAAGUGGAGGUGUUGGGAAGUCCGCCCUCACGUUGCAAUUCAUGUAUGAUGAGUUUGUGGAGGACUAUGAACCCACUAAGGCAGACAGCUACAGGAAGAAGGUUGUGCUUGAUGGGGAGGAAGUCCAGAUUGACAUCCUGGACACAGCUGGCCAGGAGGACUAUGCUGCUAUCAGGGAUAAUUAUUUUCGCAGCGGGGAGGGCUUCCUGCUGGUUUUCUCCAUCACAGAGCACGAGUCCUUCAGUGCCACUGAUGAGUUCAGGGAGCAGAUCUUGCGGGUGAAGGCGGAGGAGGACAAGAUCCCUCUCCUGCUGGUUGGGAACAAGUCGGACCUGGAGGAACGUCGGCAGGUGUCCGUGGACGAGGUGCGCGGCAAGGCUGAGGAGUGGGGGGUCCAGUAUGUAGAGACAUCUGCCAAAACUCGAGCCAACGUGGAUAAGGUAUUCUUCGACCUGAUGCGUGAAGUGCGUGGCAAGAAAAUGACUGAAAACAAGGACAAAAACGUAAAAGGAAAGAAGACUAAGAGCAAGAAGAGUUUCAGAGAGAGAUGCUGUCUACUUUGAGCUCUUCGUGGACCUAAAGAAAAGCCACAACACACAAAUGUAUUGCUGGGGAGCAAAGCAGAUGUCUUUCAUUGUCAUUUAAAUAAGAAAUUGAUAAUUAUUUUUGUAAUAGCUUGGGAUAGAUUAGUGUCUACAACAAUCUCAACCACUUUGUUGCCAAUUUUACUUACUAAACCUCUGUUUUUGGGGGGUUUUACUGGAUUGUUACUGUGACUUGGACUGCAGUGCUUGAUAGCUAACACUAAGCUAAUGACCAAACUGCCAGUGACACUAACUAUGCUGCUCAAGGAACUCUCCACUCUUUAACACAGACAUAUUGUACAACCUUUGACCUUAAUUAAACAAUGCAUUGAAUCUCUGAA